AUGACUUCUCUCCACCAAUCUCUCCUACCAUCUCCUUCCUUUUCCCCUCCUGUAACUAAAGCAAAACCUUCACCUCCGGCGCACAAUAGUAGCAGCAGCAGCACCACCACCACCACAGCAACAACCGUACGAGUAUUAGCAAGCUCUUCGAAGACCAGAACCAAAAUCCAAGAUGACGAUUAUCACGCCACCCUCAAAGCCCUCAACUCCAAAGGUCGUUUUCCCCGAAAAUCCCUCGGCCAGCAUUACAUGUUGAAUUCUUCGGUAAACGAGGAACUUGUUCGUGCGGCGGAUGUUAAAGAAGAAGAUAUGGUGCUUGAAAUUGGGCCAGGAACUGGUUCUCUAACCAAUGUCCUUGUUGAGUCCGGUGCAAGUGUUCUUGCCAUAGAGAAGGAUCCAUACAUGGCCGCACUUGUUAGAGAACGAUUUGCUAAUGUGGACCGGGUAAAGGUAUUGCAAGAGGAUUUUACUAGAUGUCAUAUUCGUUCCCAUAUGUUCUCCUUUGUUGAAGGUGAAAGAUUAUUGGAUGCAAAAUCACCACAUGCAAAGGUAGUCUCCAAUAUACCUUUCAAUAUAAGUACAGAUGUUAUUAAACAACUUCUUCCAUUGGGUGACAUUUUCUCAGAAGUCAUUCUCUUGCUCCAGGAGGAAGCAGCUUUGCGCUUCGUGGAUUCAUCCUCGAGGACGUCUGAGUAUCGACCCAUCAAUAUUUUCAUCAACUUUUACUCAGAUCCAGAGUACAAAUUUAAAGUUCCAAGGACAAAUUUUUUCCCUCAACCUAAAGUUGAUGCAGCAAUUGUUGCAUUUAGACUGAAGCAAUCUGUGGACUAUCCUCCAAUUUCCUCCACCAAAAGUUUCUUCUCAAUGGUCAAUUCCGCAUUUAAUGGGAAGCGUAAGAUGUUGCGUAAGACGUUACAGCACAUAUGUACCUCCUCUGAGAUUGAAGAAGCUCUUGGAAAUGUUGGCCUUCCUGCCACAUCGAGGCCAGAGGAGCUCUCAUUGGAUAAUUUUGUGAAGCUGCAUAAUUUGCUUGUGAAAGGAUAG